AGAUGGCGGAAGCGGAAUCCUUUGUGUUACCUGACAGAUUCAAGGACCACAGUACAGCUAUGGAUAGUGAACCAAACCCUGGCACAUCUUCUGUGUCGACAACAACCAGCAGCACGACCACCACCACUAUCACCACUUCCUCCUCUCGAAUGCAGCAACCACAGAUCUCUGUCUACAGUGGCUCAGACCGACAUGCCGUACAGGUGAUUCAGCAGGCCUUGCACCGGCCGCCCAGCUCCGCGGCGCAGUACCUGCAGCAGAUGUACGCCGCUCAGCAGCAGCACUUGAUGCUGCACACGGCCGCGCUGCAGCAGCAGCACUUGAGCAGCUCCCAGCUGCAGAGCCUUGCUGCUGUUCAGGCAAGUUUGUCCAGUGGAAGACCAUCUACAUCCCCAACAGGAAGUGUCACACAACAGUCAAGUAUGUCCCAGACAUCUAUCAACCUCUCCACUUCUCCUACACCUGCACAGUUAAUAAGCCGUUCCCAGGCUUCCAGUUCUACCAGCGGCAGUAUUACCCAACAGACUAUGUUACUAGGGAGUACCUCCCCUACCCUAACGGCAAGCCAAGCUCAAAUGUAUCUCCGAGCUCAAAUGCUGAUUUUCACACCCGCUACCACUGUGGCUGCUGUACAGUCUGACAUUCCUGUUGUCUCGUCGUCAUCGUCAUCUUCCUGUCAGUCUGCAGCUACUCAGGUUCAGAAUUUAACAUUACGCAGCCAGAAGUUGGGUGUAUUAUCUAGCUCACAGAAUGGUCCGCCAAAAAGCACUAGUCAAACUCAGUCAUUGACAAUUUGUCAUAACAAAACAACAGUCACCAGUUCUAAAAUCAGCCAACGAGAUCCUUCUCCAGAAAGUAAUAAGAAAGGAGAAAGUCCAAGUCUGGAAUCACGAAGCACAGCUGUUACCCGGACAUCAAGUAUUCACCAGUUAAUAGCACCAGCUUCAUAUCCUCCAAUUCAGCCUCAUCCUCUAAUAAAACAUCAGCAGAUUCCUCUUCAUUCACCACCUCCCAAGGUUUCCCAUCAUCAGCUGAUAUUACAGCAGCAGCAACAGCAAAUUCAGCCAAUCACACUUCAAAAUCCAACUCAAGACCCACCCCCAUCCCAGCACUGUAUGCCACUCCAAAACCAUGGCCUUCCUCCAGCUCCUAGUAAUGCCCAGUCUCAGCAUUGUUCGCCAAUUCAGAGCCAUCCCCCUCCUUUGACAAUGUCUCCUAGCCAGUCACAGUCAGCACAGCAGUCUGUAGUGGUGUCUCCCCCACCGCCUCAUUCUCCAAGUCAGUCUCCUACUAUAAUUAUCCAUCCACAGGCCCUUAUUCAGCCACACUCUCUUGUGUCCUCGGCUCUCCAGCCAGGGCCAAACCUGCAGCAAUCCACUGCUAAUCAGGUGCAGCCUACAGCACAGCUGAAUCUUCCAUCCCAUCUUCCACUUCCAGCUUCCCCUGUUGUGCACAUUGGCCCAGUUCAGCAGUCCGCUUUGGUGUCCCCAGGUCAGCAGAUUGUGUCUCCAACAUCACACCAGCAGUAUUCAACCCUGCAGUCCUCUCCAAUCCCAAUUGCAACCCCUCCGCAGAUGUCGGCAUCUCCUCCAGCUCAGAUUCCACCACUGCCCUUGCAGUCUAUGCAGUCUUUACAAGUGCAGCCUGAAAUUCUAUCCCAGGGCCAGGUUUUGGUGCAGAAUGCUUUGGUGUCGGAAGAGGAGCUUCCAGCUGCAGAAGCUUUGGUCCAGUUGCCAUUUCAGACUCUUCCUCCUCCACAGACUGUUGCGGUAAACCUACAAGUACAACCACCAGCACCUGUUGAUCCACCAGUGGUUUAUCAAGUAGAAGAUGUGUGUGAAGAAGAAAUGCCUGAAGAGUCAGAUGAAUGUGUCCGGAUGGACAGAACCCCACCACCACCCACACUGUCUCCAGCAGCUAUAACUGUGGGGAGAGAAGAUUUGACUUCUGAACAUCCUUUGUUAGAGCAAGUGGAAUUACCUGCUGUGGCAUCAGUCAGUGCUUCAGUAAUUAAAUCUCCAUCAGAUCCUUCACAUGUUUCUGUUCCUCCACCUCCACUCUUACUUCCAGCUGCUACCACGAGGAGUAAUAGUACAUCGGUGCCCAGCAGCAUUCCCAGUAUAGAAAACAAACCUCCACAGGCUAUUGUUAAACCACAGAUCUUAACCCAUGUUAUUGAAGGCUUUGUGAUUCAGGAGGGAUUGGAGCCAUUUCCUGUAAGUCGUUCAUCCUUGCUAAUAGAACAGCCUGUGAAAAAAAGGCCUCUUUUGGAUAAUCCGGUGAUAAAUUCUGUAUGUGUUCAGCCAGAGCUACAGAAUAAUACAAAGCAUGCAGAUAAUUCAUCUGACACAGAGAUGGAGGACAUGAUUGCUGAAGAGACAUUAGAAGAAAUGGACAGUGAGUUGCUCAAGUGUGAAUUCUGUGGGAAGAUGGGAUAUGCUAAUGAAUUUCUCCGGUCAAAACGAUUCUGCACUAUGUCCUGUGCCAAAAGGUACAAUGUUAGCUGUUCUAAAAAAUUUGCACUUAGUCGUUGGAAUCGUAAGCCUGAUAAUCAAAGUCUUGGGCAUCGUGGCCGUCGUCCAAGUGGCCCUGAUGGGGCAGCAAGAGAACAUAUCCUUAGGCAGCUUCCAAUUACUUAUCCAUCUGCAGAAGAAGACUUGGCUUCUCAUGAAGAUUCUGUUCCAUCUGCUAUGACAACACGCCUGCGCAGGCAGAGUGAGCGGGAAAGAGAACGUGAGCUUCGGGAUGUGAGAAUUAGGAAAAUGCCUGAGAACAGUGACUUGCUACCAGUUGCACAAACAGAGCCAUCUAUCUGGACAGUUGAUGAUGUCUGGGCCUUCAUCCACUCUUUGCCUGGCUGCCAGGAUAUUGCAGAUGAGUUCAGAGCACAGGAGAUUGAUGGACAGGCCCUUCUUUUGCUAAAAGAAGACCAUCUUAUGAGUGCAAUGAAUAUCAAAUUAGGCCCAGCUCUAAAGAUCUGUGCACGCAUCAAUUCUCUGAAGGAAUCUUAACAGGAUCAUGAGGCUGUGAGAAAACAGCGGUUUUUACUCUUCUUAAACAGACUUGUAAGGUAAAGGCGCAAGUUGGCCUAGAAUAUUAUAUAUUGUGGUGAAUAGCCAAGCACAUUGGAAUCUCCACAUCAAAAGCUGACAUUUCUUCUACAGAUAUGAUUCAUCAUACAUUUUCAUAAGUAGCCUACAUUGGUAAGAUUGAUUUUACAGGUUACAUGCAACAAUGAAAGACUGAUAUAGAGGGCCAUGAUAUUUUUCAAAGAAACAUGUUAUACUAGAUAAUUUUUUAAAGGUGAUGUUUAUCGUUAAUAUAAAGAAUCCUUUUAAAAAUAAUUUAAUUAUUUACAUUUCUCCUGUUUUGAUUCGGUUUUCUUAUACAUUUUUCUACCCUGUAAGUUUUCUAUAGGUUGUCAUGAGAGAUAUAAUUUAGGAGUAAUUUAGGACUAGUAUAGGAGUCCAGUGACUGGAAUUGUAUGCAAUGAGCUAUCAGUGUGCAUUUAAAAAAAAUAUGUCUGUUAGACAAUUGCUUUGUCUAUAAAAAGGGACUGCAUUCUAGCAUGAAUAAUACUGAUCUGGAAGUCAGAAGAGUUGGUUUCUAUUCCAAACUUGAGUAAGAAUUUGGUAUGGCUGAGAAAGUUGGUUUUCCUCUUAGUUUUUGGACAUUUAGAACAGUGGCUCUCAGCAGAAGUCAGUUUUGCUCCCCAGGGGACAUUUAUCAAUGUCUAGGGACAUUUUGGUUGUCACAGCUUGGAGAGGCUGGGUAGGGUUGUUAUUGGCAUCUAGGCUGUGGAGGAUAGGGACGUUACUAAAUAUCCCACAGUUCACGGAUGGUCCUCCAAAACAAAGAUUUAUUGGGUCCAAAAUACCAAGUAGUGUCAAAGUUCGGAAACCUGAUGGAGGAGUGGUAAAUGUUGCUCUUUUUUACCCAAAGGAAUAUUUUGAAAAGAUGGGGCACAAUAAGGAAUACAUGAUACAGUCGAAGUAUUUCAGAUAGCAGAUGUUCAAGUAUUUUUCCUAAUUUUACCCAUUCUAGAAAAAAGGGGAAAGUCCACUGAAUCGACCCGUAAAAUAAGGACUAGCAUACAAAUAAUUUGACUCUCAGAAAGUACAGAUUUCACAUUAAUUAUCUUUCAUACCUGCUCCUCUGCACUGAUGAGGGCAUACUGUGAUUAUACCUUAUGAACCAGUGCAUAGCCUUUACAAGUAGUCCAAGCUUACUUGGCGUGACAGAAGUUUGUAGUGGAUACGUGGUUGGUCUUCGGAUUUUUUCUAACCUUAAACAUGCUGGGUCUAGCUAGAAUACACAUUCCUUUUUCCUUGACUAAACUCUUGCAUGCUUCCUACAAAGUACCCACCAAGUAGUAUCUCUUGGAUUAUCAGACCUAAUUUUGUAUAUAUAUGUUUUAGGGGAAAAAAAAUUUAAAGUAAAAUUUUUCACUAAAUAGUUAAAUAAUCAGAAUUAUGACAAUAAAACAGAAUUGUUGUGGGAACUGUGAGAGCCUUAUAGUCCUGGACAUUAAAAAAAAAAUUUUUUUUUAAUCUUUGCCACACGAUGGAAAUGUUUUAAAAUAGAAGGAACAUACACAGAUACUUGGCAGAAGUUCAAUAAGUGGGGAAGAGUCCAUGGGUUUCAGUCAUUGUCACUGCUCUUUUCAAAAAGAUUGUGUUGAGCUAGUAGAGGACUAAAGAUGUCAUUAAAGACAUCACAGAUAUUUAUCUUUUGGCUUUGUGUACAUUAGAGAAUGUUGAUUAUUUUUAUACAAAAAUACAGCGGGUAAUUUUUUUAAUCUUUAGAUGCCUCUUGUUUGAAUGUAUGCUUUGUGGGAUUCUUUUGUGUAGUAAUGUUUUAAAGAAAAGAUGUUUACUGAUAGUUACAUGUAGGAUUAGAAGGUGUAAUAUAGCGUAAGGCUCAUGUUCCAGACCUACAAUAGCUGUAGUCUACGUCACAUAUUUCUUUAUAUCACAUUUUUAACUGGAUUAAAGUUUCAAGGAAAGGUAGGUACUCUAUAAUUAGUUUUCAUUUGUUAGCAGUUAAUCGUUAUGACAGAGUUGUCAUAUGCUUGACUUUCCCCCAUCAUCUUCCAGUUUCAGAACACAAGUAUAGGCUGAGCAUUAGUGGGAGAUGGUCCACUGUAGGGGGGUGUGGAGGGCACAAAGGAAAAUCUCCCCUUGAAAGUAAAACUUUUUCAUAGAUAAUCCACAAGCAAUUGAUUAUUUGGGGAUAGACUCCCCUAGCAAUAAUGAGUAUCUCCCAUUACUAUAUUAUCUAUAGCCUUUAAGGUAUUUACUUUGAAGUAUGUAUAAGUUCUCCUUUUAUUUACUCCCUUUUCUUGUAUCAGUCAUUAGAUACUAACUGAAAGCCCCUGUACCUAGCACUGUGUUAAAUAUCCAAGAAAGCUUAAAGGAGGGGGGAUUUCCAUUUGAUGAGAGCACCUUAUAAUCUUAAAUCUUGUAAAUCUCAAAAGUAGUCCAGAUCUUCUCUUGUCCUCACUCAAAACAUACCUAGAAAAUAUACUUAGUUUUUCAAGUGAGCUAUUUUAUUUAGAAAUGGCUCAUUUGCUCAACUGGUAGUUUUCCCUGUUGAUGCAUCUGUUUCUUUCUAGACACUUUAAAAUCAGAGCUUCAGUUAUAUAUGAUGGGUAUGGAUGAUAACACUGGGCAUGCACCUCUCUCCUAAGUUCUAAGCACAGUUCUGGUAUGAAUUAGGUGGGGAGAGUGUUCUUUUUCCUUCGUGCUACUAAUUGUUUUAGGAUUUUCACUGAGGAGAAAGAAUGACAAAAAGGGGACAUGGGAAGUUCUUCCUAUUUUUGCUACCUAAGUUUGCAUUUUCUGACUUGUUUAAACUGAUGCACUCUUUUCCCAUUGAGGGAAAUAAAACCUCCACAUUUCGAUUUUUAUUUGCUUUAAGCCUUGGGUUCCUAAAAAAAUAAACACACUGAGAAAGCUGGUUUGUAAACGUUUUUACAUGACACGAAUUUUCAUCAAGCCUGGUGUAGGCAUGUGUCUGACAAGCCAUGCAGCUUGGAUGUAAUCACUAUUGAUUAAGGCAGAGUGCUGUCCGUAAACCUGUCUCUUUUUAAGUGGCAUGUAACUGUUUCCAGGAUGAUACUUUUAAUUUGCUGUGAUAUCACUAAACAGAUGUUUUUCUUAGUCUUAGCUUAAGGGUUGUUUGUGGAGAAGACAUUAGCGAAGAAGCUUGAGCAUGGGAGAGAGGCGGACAAGAGAUCUGCCACUUUGUUUAUCCCACUUCGACACUGAACAGAUUUCUGCACUUUUGAAUAUUCAUGAUUUACCUAGUUUUAAAUAGAAAGGAUUUUUUUAGAUAGCCCAUUGUUUGUUUUUGUUUCCUAAUGUGUUUAAACACUUACUUAGAACUGUAUGAAGUAAGUACUGUUGUGCCCAUGCCUUUGAAUAAUUUUCGACCUAGCUAAUCCUCAUAUAGCUAGUGUGAAAUUCUUGUCCGACAUAUACUCAGUUACCAGUCUGAGACUGAAAUCUGUCCCAGUGUCCCAUAUCACAGACUUGUUCAGUUAAAUGUUACAAAGUCCUGUUAUUUACAUUCUCAGUGUUCUGGUACCAUCGCAGCCUAAGUGUGAUAGGGUUGUGUUUACAUGUUUACAUGUGUGUAUACCAUUUUGGAAAGAAUAAACUAUGAUCGAUGGAUGUGAGUGAUGCUAUCCUCACAGCCAUACUGAGUAGCUGAAAUCCCGGUUGGACACACUGUUAAGACGUUGUAAAGACAUUUUAAUCUAGAAACCUGUGCUUCUAUCUUGUGGUUUGAAGAUCCUCAUCCUUGAUGACUGGUAGGAAUGCAUGCUGCCUGGGUGCGGUGGGCCUGAGCCUGAGUGGACAGCCUCAGAGGUGUGGGAAAACUUCUUAGACACCUUCAUCUGAAAGUCCUUAGAGAGGGUUUGGUAGUAGGGUUAAUAUUAGGAAGGCAGUUGGGGCAGGAGUUUUUAAUAUCUAACAGUCAUGUUUCAGUGAAACCUUUGGGCAGUGUUCAAUCUGUUUCCUGUGCACCAUGGGGGAAGGAGAGGGAAGUGGAGGAAGAGACAAAAGGAGGAAAAGCAUCCCAAACCCAAGGGGAUAGCACAGUUAACGGAGUGAGGUUGUGUAGUGUCGCUAUGGCCUUCAGUGGUUCAAAAUAAUACAUUGCAAUGGUUGAAUCGCAGUUACAGCAGUAAGAUUCAUCUGUAAUCAUUCUCGUUCCUUCCUUCUCCAUCAAGUGAUCCUGCCCUUAGGAGGACUUCCUGUCCCUAAAAGAACUGUUAAUAAAUAGUUCCAGUGAUACAUAAGUUAGUGAAUUUUGACUUUAAAGGUGACAGCUAUUGUACUUAGAGAAUAUCUGUCAAACUCAAAGGUUAAUUUAUAAUUGAGUUACUGGAAUUGUAGAGGAGAGUAUCCAUUUUCAGAUACCACAGUUGAAUCAACCUUGCAGAUUGUUACAAAGGCAUUUUAAGAUAGUAUUUUAUUUGUUAGGUUGUAUCCAGGAAUUGGGUGACUAAAGAGCAAUAGGUUUUUCUUUAUUAGUAUGGAUUUCAAUGGAAGCCUACCUCUGUUUCUUUAAUGCACAGUAGUGUGGAUUAUGAAAUGAACUGUUCAAUUCACAUUCAUCAAUAUUGGUAUUUUAUGAAUCUAUUUGAGAGCAUUUGGUUUCCUCUUAAAGAUUGUGAUUCAGUUUAGAUAAGCACAAAUACAGUAUUAGAAAAAUAAAUAUGCAGUCUUACUAAAGUUUAAUUUAAAGCUACUAUAAGCUGUACAUCUUUAAAAAAGUUCUUUGGGAAGAUAUUCCUUUUUUGUUAGUUCAUAAUAUGUACCAUAUUAUGAUACAUAAUUCCUUCAUAGCAGCAAUACAAGCCAUUUCUUCAAUUAAAAAAAAAAUGUUGACAAUAUCUUCUUUGGAAAAAGUUUCCUUAAUUUUUAAGAAUUUAAAGUUUUACAUUUAUUUUUAGAGCUUAUUUAAUCUAUUUUAAAGUAAUACUAUGAGAAAGCUUUUUUUGAACAUUAUAAAGCACUAAUAUAAAUUAGCAUCAUUUUCCAGAGCAGUGUUUGGCUUUUUCUGAACUUUCACUUGAGCUUGCAGACUUAAAGGGAGUGGUCUCCCUCCUCCUCAGAUCUGAGGCCCAGCUUCUCUAAUGAAGACCCCGUUCUACUCGAACCCAUGAACACACACCUUGUAAGUGCCAUGUUUAUGGGACCGUUUAGGAUAGGUUUUUCUGUGAAUUGUUCAUUUUUUCUUUAUCUAUAGCUUGUGAACAUUUAAUUUUAAAGAUGACAGUUGUCAUCUCAGAUGUUGGAGAAGAGGGUGCAUUAGAGAAGUAUUUGUUCUCACUGCUUCUGAAAAGUAGAAUUGCUCUCCGUGAUAUUGAUGGCAUCAGUAUGAAUCCAUAGAAAGAAAACCUGUACAAAGGUUUUAAAAUGUAUUGUUGAAAAGAAGUCUAGUGAUGAAUUUUAAGUCAGAAAAACGAACUUAAUAUAAAUUUAAAGUACUGUUAUGCUAACAUGGCAUAGUUUUAAAUAUAAGAGUAAUAUAGUAAGUCCUUUUAGACCACCUAUUUAAAUUGACUCCAGUAAUCUUCUUAAGGAUUGAUAGUAGCCAGCAUUUAUUGGCUUAAAAGUUAUGCUUUAGGGAACAUUAUCAGUGUUAAAUCCAUGUUUUGUGGAGCUUUUUUGAACAGCUUUUUGUGGAGGUGAGGAAGUUGGUGUGUGUGAGGUAGUGGUGGGGCUGAUAGUGUAAUGAACAUUAACCAGCUUGAGAAAGAAGGAACUGGGUGUAGUCUUGGCCUCAGGCAAACCAGAAGUGUCCAUUGUUUAAAAUCUUUGUUUAGAAUAUGUGGUUAAAGUCUUAAUUCUUUUUGUUUUAGAUAGUACUAAAUAGUCUACUUCAGUACUCAAUAAUAGAUGAACAUAAUCAUUAAAUUAACAAGAUGAAUGAAGAUAAAAUGCUGGUUGGGGGCUGGGAGUUUUACUUGCAGUUGGUGACUUAGCGUGUGUGACACCUUCAGCCCUUCCUUAGCCUUUAAUCUGUUCCGUCUCCUGAAUACACAUUAUGGAGCCUCUACUACUCAAAAGGCUGAUUCUGGUUUAAAUCCUCUUUAAGGCACCUUCCGGCUCUAAAACUAUGAUUCUAGGCCACAUAAGGGGGUAUUUUUCAAGUUGUUUCUACUUAAUUCUUUUUCCCUUUUUAUUGGUUCAUUUCAUACUAAGAGCUUUUGCUAAAAGAUACUUGUUAAGUGUCCAUUUCCUGGGUCACUGGCAGUCUUUGUUCUCUUACAGAUUAAAGCAGAGAAGAAAAAUUGUCCAGACAAGCAAAUGAGGGCAUUUUUCUAAAUGCUUCCUACUAGUUCACCCUGAACAUAUGAACACAUAUGCACACUGUCACUCAUGCAUUCAUCCAUUCAUUUAGCAAACCGUGUGAACACUUACUGUGUGCGCUGUGUGGUAUACAUGACUUAAGGAACUGGUAAUGAGUACACAGAAUCUUCCCAAACAAAAUUCUAAUUGUGGCUUUAAACAAACAUGGACAUUAUUAUUAUUAUUACUUGCUGUACUGAAUGUGAAGCUGGAACUGGGGGAAAUUUUUAUCCACUGGGUUAAAGCAUUAAGCUAGAUCUAAAGGGUCUGAGUGAAUCACAGCACUAUUCCUAAAACACAUUUCACAUACCGAUCACAGUCAAUUAUACACCUGAUUAGGUUAUAAAAUCAAGGGUACCUGAUAGGGAUUUACAUUUUGAGACUGUUGUGACAGCCCAUUAUUUCUCAAAAUUAUUUUGACACUUGAAUCUAUUCCAGAGGUGUUGCUAUACAGGGUGUGUGACAGAACAAUACAAAGAAAGAAGCUGGUGCUGGUUUACUAUAUAUUUGUAACUACAAAAGCUUUACACCCAGUAUUGACAGUGGAAUAACUUUCUCAAACUGAAAAGUCUCAAGGGGGAUUGCUAAACAUUUUUGUUUUUUAUUGUCUUUUUUUGAUAAAGAAAGAAAUUACACAAAUUUACUGUUAUUACAAAUAUCUACUUUUUAAAAAGCACACAUGUAUUACAUAGUAAAUGGGUUUCCUUUAAGAUGCAGUACUGGUCAACAAAAAACCAUUUGAUGCUUGAACUGACAGCUGUUUGGGGAAUACUGAAUGGCAUUGAGUAACUGGGUAAAGUUUCCUUACCACUUGGGGGUUCUGUGAAAUGAUGUUCUAAUUCCUGUUGAUCCAGUGAUACAGAUUAACAUCAUCCUAGCAUUCUCCAUAAAGAUACCAAAUGAAAAUAAUUUUUUCCACCCCUCAAAAUAAAAAUAUCGGCUAUUAAAAAAGAUCUUUUGUGCAUCAUAGUUGCAGCUUUUAAAGCAGGAAAGUGUCCCAGUACAUGUUAGAUUAGAAUCUAAAACGGACUGAAAAUAGAACACUGACAUCCAAGUAACCAGAUAGUCUGGGUUUAAAAUUUGCCAUAGUCUUGGUUAAAAUUUACUUUUAAAAUGUUUUAAUUUACCGAAGUUUUCAAGUAUUUUAUGCUGUUAAAAUAUCUAUUGUAUACUUCUUGUAUAUGCAUUAUGCAUUUUUAAAUUUUAAAAAGCUAAUGGAAUGUGCAAAGAUAGUAUAAUUUUAGAUUUCUGAUUGCUAGUAUACUAAAUUAGAUUCCCAGUCACCUCAUUCAGAAGUUUGAUCUUGUUUUUCCCAUAGGAAAAAAAAAAGUCAAAAUGAGUUCUAAAAACUAUCCUCAGAGUGAGGAGUAAGCUGUGGUAAAAGGCUGGAGUUGUAGACACAGUGUGCAAAGGCGUACUGAUGGGAGAGGCGAGGGUGGGCAUUUCAGGCCUCUAUUAAAUCACUGCUUUUGUCUUCUUGUUAAAAAAAAAAAAAAGUUACUUUGUUGACUUAACAAAGGCAAAUUGUUGUAAUUUUUUUUUUUGAUGCUUCAAGCACAUGUUAACUGAUUUUUAAAUUCCUUUUGGUUCCUCCCAUUGUUCUAAAAUAGGAGUUUCAUAUUACUAAAACCUCCAAGGUUCAUCUACCCAGGUUGAACAAAGCAUCACCAAGGGGAAAGGAAACCUUUUUUUACUUUUCCAGAAAACAGAUGUUAAGAUUAUAUAUAGAUGUAUUCUUUGCAUUGGAUAUUGUAUUAGCGCCCUCCUUGCAGGGAAUGAAAUCGUUUUAGCACUCUUAGCACUAGCGCUCCUAGAUUGGUGUCUGUAGCUACAGUUUUAAAAUGUAUAACCUGAAAAUGAAGUUAAUUUUGCAUUAUAAGAGCACAACAUGAUCUAUGUAAAAAGACUGUCCAUUUGGUGUAUUUUUUUAAAAGAGAAAGCACUUUCAUAUUAACAAGUAGCAUGUGUAUGAAUUUUAGAUUUUCAUAUUUGUUGUGUCUGUAUUCAGUGAAGUAAAAUUGAGCAUUCAGAUGUUUGUUGAUGGCAACAUUAACUGUUCAAUUAAAGCACCUUAUACUCUGCUGCUUAACCUUGCUUGUAAUUGCACCUUUGUUACCUGCACAUUUUCACACAGAAUAUUGUUGUUAACAUUGCUUCAUGUGGGUCUGGAUGGAAGGUUAGUGGGCCUACAGGAUCAUUUAUUUAUAUUGUUUAUAUUACAAUAAUAUAUUGUAGACCAGUUGUAAGUUCAUUUCUUUACAAAUAAAAGCCUCUUCCAUUUG